AGGAGGACUUGCGGCGGCGGAGUGUGGAGCGCUCGGAGGAGGGGGCUGGCUAUGGAGUUGGAGGUGGAAAGAGUGGCUUCAAGAAGAAGUGGAAGGGCAAAAACAAUGACAACUCUAAGGAGGAUGGCGGCGGGGGUCAAGGGGAGCAAGGUGCUGGUCCUGCUGCGGAGGAGGGGUUGGAGGAUGAGUCGGCACGUGUGGACUCACCAUCUCAGCCCGAGCCUGCUGCAACCGCCAAGGUCACCAAGAGGAGUGUGCAGAGAGGAGCUUCACCACAUGGGCAGCAGAUUGCAACCCGCGAGAAGAGAGUGGCAGCAGCACCCUCAAGGCUGAACGUGGAUUACAUUCGUGCGCACAUCCUAGAGGAGGACUUGCGGCGGCGGAGUGUGGAGCGCUCGGAGGAGGGGGCUGGCUAUGGAGUUGGAGGUGGAAAGAGUGGCUUCAAGAAGAAGUGGAAGGGCAAAAACAAUGACAACUCUAAGGAGGAUGGCGGCGGGGGUCAAGGGGAGGUGUGCUUCUACUGCAAGAAGCGCGGACAUCGUUGGCGGAAGUGCUACCAACGACCCAAGGAUUGGACCCCACCUUCAUCAAGCAACCAGCGUGGGGGCACGAGGAGUGGGGGAGUCAUGGGAGCUAGUGGAGAGGAGAAGGAGGAGGAGAAAGGCGGCAAAUCUGAGGAGCGGAAGGCCGGGUUCUUCUUCUUCGUGAACGAAGGCGCAACCGACCUCGCUAUGGCUGCCAAGCUGACCAGUGACCACAGUGGCGGUGGUGAGCAGCAAGGUGCUGGUCCUGCUGCGGAGGAGGGGUUGGAGGAUGAGUCGGCACGUGUGGACUCACCAUCUCAGCCCGAGCCUGCUGCAACCGCCAAGGUCACCAAGAGGAGUGUGCAGAGAGGAGCUUCACCACAUGGGCAGCAGAUUGCAACCCGCGAGAAGAGAGUGGCAGCAGCACCCUCAAGGCUGAACCUUAUUCUUCCUCUUUCCAUCACCCAGCCCCAUUCUCCCUCUUUCCAUCGCCCCGCCCCAUUCUCCCUCUUUCCAUCACCCCGCCCCAUUCUCCUUCUUUCCAUCACCGCGCCCCAUUCUCCCUCUUUCCAUCACCUCGCCCCAUUCUCCCGCUUUCCAUCACCCCGCCCCAUUCUCACUCUUUCCAUCGCCCCGCCCCCCAUUCUCCCUCUUUCCAUCACCCCGCCCCAUUCUCCCGCUUUCCAUCACCCCGCCCCAUUCUCCCUCUUUCCAUCACCCCGCCCCAUUCUCCCUCUUUCCAUCACCCUGCCCCGUUCUCUCGCUUUCCAUCACCCUGUCCCAUUCUCCCUCUUUCCAUUGCCCCGCCCCAUUCUCCCGGUUUCCAUCACCCCGCCCCAUUCUAUAUCUUUCCAUCACCCCGCCCUGUUCUCCCUCAUUCCAUUACGCCGCCCCGUUCUCCCGCUUUCCAUCACCCCGCCCCAUUCUCCCGCUUUCCAUCACCCCGCCCCAUUCUCCCUCUUUCCAUCACCCAGCCCCAUUCCCUUCUUUCAAACACCCCGCCCCAUUAUCCCGCUUUCCAUCACCCAGCCCCAGUCUCCCUCUUUCCAUCACCCAGCCCCAUUCUCCCUCUUCCCAUCAACCAGCCCCAUUCUCCCUCUUUCCAUCACCCAGCCCCAUUCUCCUGCUUUCCAUCACCCCGCCCCGUUCUCCCUCUUUCCAUUACCCCGCCCCGUUCUCCCGCUUUCCAUCACCCCGCCCCAGUCUCCCGCUUUCCAUCACCCCGCCCCUUUCUCCCACUUUCCAUCACCCCGCCCCAUUCUCCCUCUUUCCAUCACCCCGCCCCAUUCUCCCUCUUUCCAUCACCCAGCCCCAUUCUCCCGCUUUCCAUCACCCCGCCCCAUUCUCCCGCUUUCCAUCACCCCGCCCCAUUCUCCCGCUUUCCAUCACCCCGCCCCAUUCUCCCGCUUUCCAUCACCCCGCCCCAUUCUCCCGCUUUCCAUCACCCCGCCCCAUUCUCCCGCUUUCCAUCGCCCAGCCCAUUCUCCCGCUUUCCAUCGCCCCGCCCCAUUCUUCCGCUUUCCAUCACCCCGCCCCAUCCUCUCUCUUUACAUCACCCCGCCCCAUUCUCCCGCUUUCCAUCACCCCGCCCCAUUCUCCCUCUUUCCAUCACCCCGCCCCAUUCUCCCGCUUUCCAUUGCCCCGCCCCAUUCUCCCGCUUUCCAUCACCCCGCCCCAUUCUCCCGCUUUCCAUCACCCCGCCCCAUUCUCCCGCUUUCCAUCACCCCGCCCCAUUCUCCCUCGUUCAAUCACCCCGGCCUAUUCUCCCUCUUUCCAUCACCCUGCCCUAUUCUCCCACUUUCCAUCACCCCGCCCCAUUCUCCCGCUUUCCAUAACCCCGCGCCAUUCUCCCGCUUUCCAUCAUCCCGCCCCAUUCUCCCGCUUUCCAUCACCCCGCCCCAUUCUCCCGCUUUCCAUCACCCCGCCCCACUCUCCCGCUUUCCAUCACCCCGCCCCAUUCUCCCGCUUUCCAUCACCCCGCCCCAUUCUCCCGCUUUCCAUCACCCCGCCCCAUUCUCCCGCUUUCCAUCACGCCGCCCCAUUCUCCCGCUUUCCAUCGCCCAGCCCCAUUCUCCCGCUUUCCAUCGGCCCGCCCCAUUCUCCCGCUUUCCAUCACCCCGCCCCAUUCUCCCGCUUUCCAUCACCCCGCCCCAUUAUCCCGCUUUCCAUCGCCCAGCCCCAUUCUCCCGCUUUCCAUCGCCCCGCCCCAUUCUCCCGCUUUCCAUCACCCCGCCCCAUUCUCCCUCUUUCCAUCACCCCGCCCCAUUCUCCCGCUUUCCAUUGCCCUGCCCCAUUCUCCCGCUUUCCAUCACCCCGCCCCAUUCUCCCGCUUUCCAUCACCCCGCCCCAUUCUCCCGCUUUCCAUCACCCCGCCCCAUUCUCCCUCGUUCAAUCACCCCGCCCUAUUCUCCCUCUUUCCAUCACCCCGCCCCAUUCUCCCGCUUUCCAUCACCCCGCCCCAUUCUCCCGCUUUCCAUCACCCCGCCCCACUCUCCCGCUUUCCAUCACCCCGCCCCAUUCUCCCGCUUUCCAUCACCCCGCCCCAUUCUCCCGCUUUCCAUCACCCCGCCCCACUCUCCCGCUUUCCAUCACCCCGCCCCAUUCUCCCGCUUUCCAUCACCCCGCCCCAUUCUCCCGCUUUCCAUCACCCCGCCCCAUUCUCCCGCUUUCCAUCGCCCAGCCCCAUUCUCCCGCUUUCCAUCGCCCAGCCCCAUUCUCCCGCUUUCCAUCCCCCCGCCCCAUUCUCCCGCUUUCCAUCACCCCGCCCCAUUCUCCCUCUUUCCAUCACCCCGCCCCAUUCUCCCUCUUUCCAUCGCCCCGCCCCAUUCUCCCACUUCCCAUCACCCAGCCCCAUUCUCCCACUUUCCAUCACCCCGCCCCGUUUUCCCUCUUUCAAUUGCCCCACCCCCUUCUCCCGCUUUCCAUCGCCCCGCCCCGUUCUCCCGAUUUCCAUCACCCGCCCCAUUCUCCCGCUUUCCAUCACCUCGCCCCAUUCUCCCGCAUUCCAUCACCCCGCCCCACUCUCCCGCUUUCCAUCACCCCGUCCCAUUCUCCCGCUUUCCAUCACCCCACCCCAUUCUCCCGCUUUCCAUCACCCCGCCUCAUUCUCCCUCUUUUCAUCGCCCCGCCCCAUUCUCCCUCUUUCCAUCGCCCCGCCCCAUUCUCCCGCUUUCCAUCUCCCCGCCCCAUUCUCCCGCUUUCCAUCACGCCGCCCCAUUCUCCCACUUUCCAUCACCCCGCCCCAUUCUCCCUGCGAAGAAAGCUAUUCUACGGGACAGCUGA